CUGCAUACUAAAUCUACGUACACUGCGCCCCAACUUAAUCCAGGACCCAAUUUCUCCGAACGGAGUCAUGAACAGAUACGACCAAGAUAAGAAAGAGGCCCCGGUUCCGCUCCUGCUCCAGAGCUUCUGCUUCUUCUCUUCCUCUUACUGCGAGUAAAGAACACAAUGACCUCCUAUCCUAUCUUCAAGCCAGUCUUCCAUCUCUACAUCAACGCUGAGAACAGCGAGGUCGUGAGCACGUUCGAGAACGGCCGGCCAGGCAAGCGGAUUUUUGUUCAGAUUCACGAAGGAUACUGUGACUCGACCGACGACCACUACCCGUUCAACAUCAAGAUCACGUCCGGCACGAACUGGCUCUUUCUCUCGCCCGACAACGUCCUCACGCUCGACGUCCGUCUCCGAGCCGAGACCGAGGACGGCCACGGAGUGUACAUCCACUACGAGGGCUACACUAAGCCGACGCCGGCCAUGAAUGCCAUCUUUGACGGCUCUGGCUCGCACAUGGAGUUUGGCGAGACCGAGUUCUUUAUCAAGCCUGUUAUCGAGACCGAUGCGCCGAAGGAGGGAUGGGUGAACAACAAGUACCUCAUUGGCAAGGGCCGCUUUGUGCGGAACGAGAAGGGUGUUAUGGGUGCUGAGUAUUAUAUCUCCAUGUGCCAGUAGACAGUAGAUCUUUGUGUCAAUUAUCAUUGAUUGUUCAUGCAUUAAUGCAUGAUGGCCUUUAGAUGGCUGUCGAGCCAUGCUGUAGGGCAAUGCUAUGAGCGCCAUUCUGCUACAUCAUAUAGAUCUCUUCAGUCAAUUCUUAAUUAUAUACAAUAAUUCUUCUCUUAUACAUUAAAGAUUUAUCAAACAACUACAAACAAAGCACACAAAGUACAAAAACAGCAGUCGAGAUCAGAUCCGUAAGUUCAAUACUAAGCCGCGGCUAACCUCGGUCGGAGGCUCUGACGUUGAUUCCACGCA